AUGCUAAUAGGUUUCCGUGCCACUGACCCUCAAGAUCCGGCGUUCACGGGUCCGGUCAUAUUACCGCACCCGUCAGUGACGGAGGGGUCAAAGAGUGCGUACGAGUCAAUGCGGCUCGAAGACGGCAGCCUGUUUGUGCGUAUUGACAUGCCCGGCGUCCCUGACGACCAAUUCACGGUGGCGGUGGAUAACGACGGUGGGGUCAUUGUGAGUGGACGAGCACCUCGGGCAAUAUACGACUCUAGUGGGCGUGAGUACAAAGGCAAAGUGGCGGUCGUUCCUCAAGGCUAUGACGAGAGUCAGAUCAAAGUGAUCACUAAACGUGGUGUCAUCCGCCUCAUCAUCCCUCCCUUCGAAGAUUUGGUCUAA